UCGAGAUGUGACCUCGCCAGCCUGUCCGGCUCUCUGUGGGAGGGGACCGGUAACUCGGGGAAGCCACACCCGACACACGGUGCGCUGUCAGCGGGCAGGAUGCCAUGUGGAUGCGGUCGUGCGCAGCGGCUCCUCUGAUCAGGAUCCGGAUAGAACGAUGUGGGAGCACCGAGUACCGGCAGAUCUCAUGAUUUUCUUCAGACUGUCCUGCCUUUCCUGGUCUCGGGAUCUGGACCAGGGAGGAUCCAUCCCGGCAGAGUCUCCGCAUCGUGAGGCCGUCUGGUCCCCAGGCCCCAGUCCUCCGUCUGGCCGCCGGUUCAGCUUGUGGCUGAGGACCAGGUUAAGAUUUUAGGAUGGAGUCACGUCGGAAACAUCUGCUGCUGUGUAUUUGAAAAUUCUCACUUGCUUGUGUGAAAUACACAUGUUGAACAUUUUGAAAUGGAAACGUUUGGCUCGUAGAUUAUCGGCGGUCUCUGGUUUCAUCCUCCGCCUUUGUCCCAUGUUUUCCCCCGGAGUUCCUCCCCCUGCGGCGCUGGGCGGAGUUUCAUACCGAACGAGACGCUCCUUUUGUCGGAUCUGUUUCGACCUGACUCCCCGGGGUUUACGGCAGAAAACACCCACUCCAAAAGUCCCAAAACGAUCCAAACGAGCACAGCAGUGUGCAGAAUUAUUUCGACUUUCUGUCUCGGUCACCAGGGAAGAGGGGCAGAGCACCUGCUUCGUCAAACUACGGGAUGAAUGGCAGCAGCAGCAUCUCCGUGUCAGCUCAGACCACCAGCAUCAAAGCAGAGCAAGAUGACUGGUCAAAGGAUGAUUGUUUAAUCCUGUUGGAGAGGAUUCGCAGUCUGCUGCCCGAUGGAGACACCAUGAAGUAUAAAACAACAGAGUCUCACUUUGACUGGGAGAAGGUCCGAUUUGGCGGCUUCACUGGAGAUAUGUGCCGCCAGAAGUGGCACAAAGUCUCCUGUGAGGUCCGGAAGUACAGAACCAUGACUGAGCUCAUUGUGGACGCCAUUGAGUUUGUGAAGAACCCAUACAAAGGCAAGAAGCUGAAGACCCACCCAGACUUUCCCAAGAAGCCACUGACUCCAUACUUCCGCUUCUUCAUGGAGAAACGAGCCAAGUAUGCCAAGAUUCACCCUGAAAUGAGCAACCUGGACCUGACCAAGAUCCUGUCCAAGAAGUACAAGGAGCUGCCUGAAAAGAAGAAGCAAAAAUAUAUCACUGAGUUCCAGCGAGAGAAAGAAGCAUUUGAGAAGAACAUGGCUCGAUUCAAAGAGGAUCAUCCAGAACUGAUUGAGGAGAGGAAGAAGUCUGAUUUGCCGGAGAAACCCAAAACGCCUCAACAACUCUGGUACAACCAUGAAAAGAAGACCUACAUGAAGCUCCACCCAGAGGUCUGUUUAAAUAAAUUCAGUUUACACAACUCUCUUGUUAAGUUUGCUCAUAAUACAGGCUGCUUUGCCAAUUCUUAUGUUUAUUUCAGCAUCCAGAGACAGAUUGUUGGUGGCAGUAGAUCCCAGAGCGACCGGCGGAAAGCUCAGGUGGCUAUGGAAGCAACCUGGAAAUCCAUGGAGAAGAAGGAGAAGAUUCCAUGGAUCAAAAAAGCAGCAGAGGAUCAGAAGCGUUAUGAGGUUCAGUACCAGCCUGUGAGGGAGCUGCUGGAGAUGAGGGCUCCACCAGCAGCACAGGGUCAAAGGAAGCCCAAGUUUGAUGGAGAACCAAAAAAACCUCCUGUGAGCGGCUACCAGAUGUUCUCACAGGAGCUGCUGACAAACGGCGAGUUGAAUCACUUCAGCCUGAAGGAGCGGAUGGUGGAGAUCGGAAAACGGUGGCAAAAACUGAGCCAGAGUCAGAAGGACAAGUACAAGAAACAGGUGGAGGAGCAGCAGGUGGAGUACAAAGCUGAGCUGGAUGCCUGGAUCAAGGCUCUGUCCCCUCAGGACCGGGCCGUCUACAAGGACUUUGUGUCCUCGAAGAGACGAAGCUCCACCAAAGUGCACGGAGCUCCAGGAGCCAAAGUCCAUCUGACAGCAAAGGGGAAGGCACUGAGUUCAAGACUCACGACUCCAGGUGUCACCGUCGGCAAGAGGGCCAUGGCCUACCGAGCCAAGCAGGAUAUAUCUGACUCAGAUGAAGAGGAGGAGAAGAGCAAUUCGUCGGAUUCGGAUGAAGAUGACGAGACAUCUGGAAGUACAGACAGUGAUGAAGAUGAUGAUGAUGACGAUGAGAACAAUGACGACGAUGAGGAUGAGGAUGAAGACCAGACCUCCUCAGAUGAAUCCAGCGAGUCUGAGUCAGACUAGGUCUUUGUUGUCAAGAGGACAGGCUGUGCAGGCCACACCUCCUCACAUGCCAGUCACCCUGGUGGACCAAUAGGAAGUGGUGACUUUAGACCGCUAGAACGCUGGCCCUACCCACCUCCGUCCAAAGAAGGCGGAGUGUGGAUGGAGUGUUUGUUACUUGUGUACUUUGAAUGUUUUUUUUUUAUCUCAGUGCUUUUGUUGCUUUUGACCCUGAUGGAUGUUUUCAGAAGGACUUUGGUUUAUUGUUUAUUGUUUUUCAGUGCGACGGGGCGUGUACAGAAAUUUGAUGGGCAGGGGAGGGGGCGGAGUUCUGCUGCCUGCCAGGUCAAAUUACACAAAUAAAUAAAUGCACUUUUUUCAUAA